AUGACAUCUGAACUCAACGCUCAUUUUCAUACUGCCAAUGCCAUCGGCGUGAUGCCUGCUGGAUUUGUCACUAGCCAGGACAGAAAUGGCUUCCACUUCUGCGGUGGCUCCCUGAUCAACCAGAACUGGGUGGUGACGGCUGCCCACUGCUAAGUCAGAGCCGGGACUCACUUUGCCAUCCUUGGGGAAUACAACAGGAGCUCCGGAGCUGAGCCAAUCCUGGUCAAGUCCAUUGCCAAGGCCAUCACCCACCCCUACUGGAACGCCAACACCAUGAAUGACAUUACCCUGCUGAAGCUCGCGUCCCCCGCCCAGCUGGGAGCCCGCGUGUCCCCCGUCUGCCUGGCCACAGCCAGCGAGUCGCUCGCCUCCAAUCCCACCUGCAUCACCACCAGCUGGGGACAGACCAGUGGCACCAGUACCAGUGGAGCUGUCUGGCUGCAGCAGGUGGCCCUGCCCCUGGUCAUAGUGAGCCAGUGCCAGCAAUACUGAGGCAGCAGCAUCACCAGCUCCAUGAUCUGUGCUGGGGGGUCAGCCCUGCUCUCUUGCCAGGGGGACUCGGGCAGCCCCCUCACGUACCUGAAAGGGGGGGCCUGGACCCUGAUCGGGAUCGUCUCCUGGGGAACUAACUGCAACGUCCGGACACCCGCCAUGUAUGGCCGAGUCAGCGCCUUCCGCACCUGGAUCGACAACGUCCUGGCCUCCAACUAGUGCCCGGCUGGCAGAGACGCUGCUGUGGAGCGCCAGGGAGAGUGAGCAGUGCUGGCCUGGGCCUGUGGGCAGCUGCUUGGGGCCCUGGACUGAAAGCCCGGGACUUCCCCCUGCAGGCCCUGUACAAAGGAAUAAAGGAACUGUCUGUGCAGCCGGUGUUUUGUCCAGCUCCUCUGUG